AUGGCUGGGAACCUCAGGCCGGACACGGGCCUGUCCAAGAGAGACCAAGUGAAGCACAGUAUGGCACCCCCACGUCGCACGGGAGACGAGAGCUCUGGUUGCACAAUUUGCUGCGCUGCUGAGCAGAUAAGCACAAGCAGCCAACCCGAGGCUGCAUGUGAAGGCCAGGCCGUCGAGGGCACAGACCUGGUGUCCGCCCGCCCCGCCGGCCGCGACCCCCCAAACACCCUGCGGGUCUCACGCCUUUUACGGAGGCCUCUGGAUGGCCAGAUGGUGUCCCUCCAUCUGCUGCGUCAGCCAGGAGACAGGAGACACCCGAUGAAGCGGAAGGUCUGGCCUUAG